AUGUCCAUCAUAUCACCAGGCGACUCGACCUUGUCGUUGUCCAGAUACUCUCGCCCCAACCCAAGCUUCACGCCACCAAGAGACCUCGAGAAGACGCGCAACCUCCGAAAGCACUACAGGAGCCUGCUGGAGGGAAAGUCCAAGAUCAACUACGCCGAAGAUGCCAUCCUCUUCAUCGAAGCUCUCCACUACUACUCCCCGGACCGGUGCGUCGAGUCGCUCGUCAGCAGCCCGCACGGCCUAGACGCGGUGCGGAGCUGCGUCCAGAUCGACCUGUCGCCGGGCUUCAUCCAGGCCCACUCGCUCGUGCUCGUCAGCUACCUGUCGGACCCGUCCAUCGCCGCCCUGGCCGACGGCCACUUCCUCGGGGAGGUCCUGAACGCCAUCUUGUCCCCGCCUACGUUCUGGCAGGCUCUGGUCGCCGCCUUCUUCGGCGGCUCUCUGCACGCCGGGAGCCUGCUGCCGUUUGCUUGGCUGGUCUGCGACGUCGCGACCAGCUCCGGCGACGGCGACGGCGACUACAACUACACGUCGGACGUCAGGGCCGUGCUCGAACAGGGCUCUCUGUACACGGCCGCGUCCGCCGACGUUCGAUACCUGGCCUUCAAGGCCCACCAGGCGGUCUACCCGCCCAGCAGCACCCCCGGCGUGGCGGAGCAGUUGGUCCGCUCCUCCGGCGAAAGGGCUGCCAGCGACCUGGUCACGAGCCGAGACGUCUCGGGCUGCCCGAGUCCAGAGCGGGUCUUGUUCAACGCGCAGGAUGGCGAAUCGGAGAGGCGGCCUCAGCUCAACCUGGAGCUGAGCCGGAUGAGAUGGGAGCGUCAGUCCACAUACAGCCAGCAGCUGCGCGAGAUCAAGGACCAAGUCGAGCAGGCGCAGCGCGUCAUGCGCGAGAUCAUCGACGAGGAGAGGAACCUGGACGAACUGGCGCAGGAGGUCAACAACCUGAAGAACCUCCAAGAUGCCGUCAAACGCAAGCAGGAAAUCAAGCUAUCGCAAGUCGCCGUGGCUGCUGCCAGCAGGGCGCCUACCCCUCCGCCCGCGGACAGCGAGACCCUCCAGAAGCUCCCGAGCAAGGCCAGGCAGGAGUGGGAGCACCUGAAAAAAGCCGAGGGUGCCCAGAGUGCUGCGCUUGACGACCUGAUGGAGAUGACCGGGCUCGAGGAAGUCAAGGAAGCUUUCCUGACGAUGCAACACAUGGUCCACGUAAAGAUGCGGCAGAAUGUUUCCCUGCAGUGUGAGAGGUGGGGUGCCAGUCUGCUCGGGAAUCCAGGAACAGGCAAGACAACUGUUGCAAGGCUGUAUGGCAAAUUCCUCACUUCGGUCGGAGCCAUCGCGGGCACCAGAUUCGAGGAGACGACGGGGGCCAAGCUCGCCCACCUGGGCGUCUCAGGUUGCCAGUCCCUCAUCGCCGACAUGCUGGAGUCGGGAGGCGGUGUCCUCUUCGUCGACGAGGCCUAUCAGCUCACGUCGGGAAACAACCAGGGCGGCGGCGCCGUGCUGGAUUUCCUGCUGGCCGAGAUCGAGAACCUGACGGGCAAGAUUGUGUUUGUCAUUGCCGGUUACGAGGGCGACAUGGAGGCCUUCUUUGCGCACAACACGGGCCUCCGGAGCCGGUUCCCGCACCAGCUGCGCUUCUCCGACUACACGGACCAAGAGAUUCACUUCAUCCUCCAGCACAAGAUCGACAAGCGGUUCAGCGGGAAGAUGCGGUGCGAGGGCGGGCUCUCGGGGUCCCACUGCCGAACGGUAGCGGAGCGGAUCGGGCGCGGGAGGGGAAACCCGGGCUUCGGAAACGCGCGCACUGUGGAGAACGAGGUCGUCAACAUCCUCCAGAGGCAGGCCACCCGGCUGGCGAGGGAGAGGAGAGAGGGCCUGAAGCCCGAUGACUUGUUUCUCAGCAAGGAGGACCUGCUCGGCGCCGAUGCCGCAGGGCCGGCUGCGGAUGAGGACGAGGCUGGCCGCAGUGGCGCGAAGCAGGCCGAGCGCGGCCGGCGAUCGGGGGAGAUGAAGCGGAUAUACAGCAUGCGGGCCGUCAAGGGGGCGCUGCUGUCGCUCGUUGGUGCUGCCGAGAACGAGAAGGCGCCUCCUCACAGAAGGCGGGCAUCUUCUCGUUGA